CUUUUUUCUUUAAUGGGUUGGGCUUUCCAACUGAAGUCCAUUAACAGACUUCCGGCGACACGAAGCUUGACAACUGCAAACGGAAGGUUACGACGAUCAACGUCUCCGACAAUGAGUGCAGAUUUAUAAUGGAAGGAUUGUACAUGGGUGGCACGGGACCUGUUGUUUUAACUUUGUGGUUUUACAUUGUAGAUCUUUGACCUUAUGAAACAAUCUAAACAAGGGGGAGCAUUUGGUGGAAAUAGAGGACUGAGACCAGUGCCACCUGAAAAAGGAGUUUUUCCUUUGGACCAUAUGCAUUUAUGUGACCUGGAGAAGAAAGAGUACCUCAAUUGUCUUAAAUCCUCUGGGCAUAAAUCUGACAACUGUAGACACCUCUCUAAAAAGUACCUGGUGUGCCGUAUGGAGAAGAACUUGAUGGCAAAGCAAGACAUGUCAGAACUUGGCUUUGGCAAGAACUAUGAUGCAGAAACUUCUUCAGAGGAAAUGGAACAAUAGAAAAAUGAAAGAAUGGAGAAGAUCGAUAAAUUUUGUUAAUUCUCUGGGAUCCUUUUGAGAAGCCUGGGUAGAAAGUUACACAUACAAGCUUCAUUAUCGUCAUGUGAAAACUUUCACAGUUGCUUAUAGGAGGUCUUCUUUUUCUAGAUUAAUGCUUUUUUAACCUCCUUUUUCCCUUUCUUCUGAAUUUUGUGUACCUUGAGAGCAAAAAUGUAUAUAGAAAGAGAGAAGGAUAAAGAAAUGCUAUGAUAAAUUACAGAUUGGACAGCUAUAUUCAGGCUAUUGUUCGUUACUUGUUUCUUCCA